AUGGGAGCCAAGAGAUCGGUCAUACCAGGAGAGUCGUCCAUCUUGUCUGUCAAGCGAUCCAAGACCCAUCAUGAAGCACGGCCGCCUCGUCACGAACAUGAGGCCGACAAUAAAGACCAGCUGCAGAUAUCCACCCCCAACUCUCGCUUGUGGCUCCUGAGGCAACUUGUUCAGAAUGUGGUAAAUGAACCUGAGCUUACUGCGGUCGAUUCGGAACUUUCGAAGGCAGUUUCCACGCUAGACGAUGCUUUUCACCGUAUCGAAGGGCUUGUCUUUCCUAGCGAUGGCACAUCUAAUACCUCAAAUAUGUCAAAAGCAUCUCAUACGACAAAUGGCGCCGAAGAUAAUGGAUCUCAGGAACCUGUUCUACCGCACAUUCUAGAUGACCGGUUGGAAAGAUCGGUUUUCACUCAUCCGGCAUGUGGAAACAAUAGCGAUUCAACCUAUGACCGGCUUGAGAUACUGGGUGAUGCAUACAUUGAGUUAAUGGCAACCAGACUGAUCUGGGGGAAGUUUCCAGGUAUUUCAUCCGGUCGGAUUUCCCAAAUCCGCGAGCUUCUUGUCAAAAACGAGACUCUAUCGGCAUUUGCAGGGGUGUAUGGGUUUGAUCGGAAGAUCUCAGUGCCAGCCAAUUAUUCAGACCAGGAGAAACGGUGGACCAAAAUAAAAGGCGAUGUCUUCGAGGCAUAUGUAGCCGCCGUCAUACUUUCACAUCCCAUCGAUGGCUAUCAUAUUGCUGAAAAAUGGCUGACACAGCUGUGGUUACCGAAACUGGACGCUUUGGGCCAUCAAAAGGCCGAACUUCGCUAUAAGGAAAUUUUGGCCAAGAAGGUCAUGGGGAAAGGCACAAAACUGGAGUACAAGGAAGAGAAGCGAGCAAUUGACCAUAAGGGUAGCGGCACACAGACAUUCUUCAUCGGUGUUUACCUGACAGGCUGGGGAAAAUGGAAAAAUGUGCAUUUAGGCUCUGGACAGGGCUCGAGCAAGGUUGCAGCAGGCGAUGAGGCCGCAAGAGAUGCACUCUCGACAAAUUCUUCUUUAAUUUCGAAUAUUGCGGCGGCAAAAGAAGCCUCGAAAGCAAAAAACUGA